AUGCCAUCUGAAGUGCUACUCGAGUCCGCCGGAAUAGACUGGAAGCCAUCAGCACCACCCGCCUCUGCGGGCGAGGAUGACGACGAUGAUGAUGUGGAUGUGUUUGGUGAGGAGACUGAGGAAGAGAAGAAGGAAGAACGUGCUGCAACUGUGAAGGCAUCUGGAAGGAAGAAAGAGAGUGGGAAGUCAUCAGUCCUGAUGGAUGUAAAACCAUGGGAUGACGAGACAGAGAUGAAAAAGCUUGAGGAAGCUGUUAGAGGUGUGCAGAUGGAUGGUUUGCUAUGGGGAGCAUCUAAACUCGUAGCUGUUGGAUAUGUUGUGAUAUUGUCGCCUUCAAUAAAAUAUAAUUACACUGAUUCAUUCACCGUGGAAUGUCCAGCCAAAAAGUUUUGA